UGUUAGACCCAUUUGACGCAAGCAAGUACAUGAGCACCAUCUUGGUCACUAAUGAAAUUCAAAACCCUAAUAGCAGACCCAGGAAGCGAAAUGCUCAACCGUCAAAACGAAAAGAGUCCCUAAAGCCAACAGUGAAGGCUCCACUGCUCCAAUGAACCAUAAGGUAGAAGGUGUGGGACCAUCUGAUGACGUGGCAAGAUCCAAAACCGUCAUCGAAACAACCCCGAUGGAAUGUCAGCCGUCGAUUAAAAUAACGAUGCUACACGUGUGCCACAAAGUGCCGUAUUAAAACCCGCCAAAAUUAACCACAACCCAACCAAACAAAUUCCCGCCAUGAUAACUCUCACUCCUAAAACCCUAUCCCCUUUCUCAUUUCUCUGCAACCCCAUACCAAAACACCAAAACCAAAACUCAAAAUAUACCAUUGUAACCCAAUAUUCAGACUCUAACUCAAAGCCAACCUUCAAUUCCAAUUGCGAGUCUGAGUUCCAGACCGAGAGGGGUCUUAAAUUCGAUAUCGGCGAGACCUUCUUCCGCCAUGAAAGCGCCACCGGCCGCGACCUCGGCGUGCUCGCCGCAGCGCUGUACAAGAGAUCCAAAGGCAAAUUGCGAGUUCUCGAUGCACUGUGCGGCUGCGGAAUUCGAUCUCUUCGGUACCUCAUCGAGGCAGAGGCCGAUUUUGUUUUAGCAAAUGAUGCAAAUGAUGAUAACAGGAAAGUUAUCACGGAGAACUUGUCGCAGGUAGAGAGUAGUUCUGGCGACGAUCCGAGGUGGGCAGUGACACUUUCGGAUGCAAAUCGGAUCAUGACGGAGUGUUAUCUCAAAAGAGAUUUCUUUGAUUUGAUUGACAUUGAUUCAUUUGGGAGCGAUUCGUCGUUUCUGAGGUCGGCGAUUAAUGCUUUGAAAUUGGAUGGGUUGUUGUAUGUUACUUCCACUGAUGGAUUCUCGUCGGGUGGUCGCAGGCCUCAACAAACUUUAGCUGCAUAUGGAGCUUACGUUCGACCUAUGCCAUAUUCAAAUGAGCUUGGUUUGCGAAUGCUUAUAGGAGGGGCUGUGAGGGUAGCUUCUGUGCUGGGUUAUCGAGUUACUCCUCUAUUUUCAUACUAUUCAUAUCAUGGACCCAUUUUCAGAGUCAUGCUCCGUGUAAAUCGAGGAAAGCUUCCUGAUAACAGAAAUUAUGGUUUCAUCAGCUACUGCCACAACUGUGGAAGUUCUCAAGAAUAUUCAUGGGCUGAACUUGGUCGGAUGAGUUGCCCCUGCAGCGAUUCAAAGGUACAAGGAUGCGUUUCUUCGUUAAAACUCGCUCUCAUUCAUGUAGUGGUUUCCAAGUCAUUAGUUGUUUCUGGCCCCCUCUGGACAGGGCCUCUGCAUGAUACCCUUUACAUUACAGAAAUGCUGCAUUUGGCUGAGGAAUGGGGAUGGGCAGGCAGUGGCUCAGGAACUGAUCUCGACAAGCUUUUGAACCAAAUGGUGGCCGAGAGUGACCCCAGAUUACCGUUUGGGUACACCAAGUUGGACGAGGUGGCCAGCCGUGCGAAAGUAAAUUCUCCACCGCUCAGAGCCGUUAUGUCCACUCUUGAAAAGGUAUUUCCACACAACUCACUUUGGCAAAGCAUUUUGUUGGGAUUAGCUAAUGGACCAAAAAUAGGGCACAUGUCAGUAGUGCAUGUCCAACAGUUGGGAGUUUGGGGGGCGUGGGGCGCAUGUUGGUCAAUUUUGGGAGCUGCUGGGUAUGAGUGCAUGGUGGACAACUGGAGUUCUAGGAGCUGCUGGGAGGGAUAUGCUGUGAGUAGAUCACACAUUGAGUCCAACGCAAUCAAGACAAACUGUUCAAUGGCAGGUUGCAUUAGAAUUGCUAAGCAACUUCAGCAGUGCUCCAGUGCUGAAUGAUUUCCAAUACCAGGAGAGCAGAAGACGGGGCCAGAAAAGUUGCAUCCAAUUUUGUAGCGUGCGAGCGAGCGAGCAACUAAGCGUGGAGGUGUUGAUGUUCGAGAAGAAGUGUCGUUGCUGCUCUGAUCAGGCUAGAAUGUGGAAUUUUUAAGUUUUUAUAUUAAGAAAAGAGGAGGGGUGGUGGGGUUUGAACCACAUGAAGAUGAAAGAGUAAAUGCUCUUGACCAUUUCAACUACAAAUCCCUUCCUCAUGAAAUGUGGGCUUUACGGCGAUAACUUAUGUAACAGUUGGCGUUCGAGAGAUUCAGAAGAUUUCUAUUGAGUAAUGAAUUCACACAUUCUAUGAUAA